AUUUGCAUAAUCCACUGUUUUCCAUCAACUAUAUUCUCCAAUAUUCUUCCCCUUCUUCUUCUGCUUAAAUCUUGACCUUGGUAUCUCUCUUCUUCAUCAAUGGAGGCAAAACUGUUGAUUUCAAAACCUCAAACUCAAGCUUAUUUUAGGACUAACCCAGAAAAAUUAAGGAUACCCUUUAAUCUUCUUCCUUAUCAGAAUGGAAAAAAUUGCAGCUUUAGCUUUUGCAGGAGGACAAAUUCGUCAAUUAAGGGCAUUCAAUCUUCUAAUGUUUCUUCAAUUGUUGCUGGAAUUACUACAGUUGUCUGUCUGAUUAAGCUGACAAGUGACAACGUACAACCUAAGACAAGAAUUGAUGAGAGUGAAAGCUUGACCCUAGAUGGUAUUCGGAACUCCUUGAUUCGGCAAGAAGAUAGUAUCAUAUUUGGUCUUCUAGAGAGAUCGCAAUUUUGUUACAAUGCUGACACAUACAAUCCUGACGCGUUCCCUUUGCAUGGCUUUCAUGGGUCUUUGAUUGAAUUUAUGCUUAAGGAAACUGAAAAGCUUCAUGCGCAGGUGGGAAGAUAUAAGAGCCCAGAUGAGCAUCCUUUUUUUCCUGAGGAUUUACCUGAACCAUUAUUGCCACCUAUGCAAUAUCCUCAGGUUCUCCAUCCACAUGCUGAUUCAAUUAAUAUAAACAAAUUAAUUUGGGAUAUGUACUUCAAUGACCUUCUGCCAAGACUUGUAAAGGAUGGAGACGACGGAAACUGUGGUUCUUCUGCUACUUGUGACACAAUAUGCUUACAGGCACUCUCUAAAAGAAUACAUUAUGGUAAGUAUGUGGCAGAGGCAAAGUUUCGAGCUUCACCUGAUAUCUAUACAGCUGCUAUUGCGGCACAAGAUAAAGAUCAAUUGAUGAAUUUGCUGACAUAUGAGGCAGUGGAGCUAGCUGUACAGAGAAGAGUUGAAAUGAAAGCCAAAACAUUUGGACUUGAGGUGCCUGUCAACCCAGAUGCUAUUGGUGACGAGUCAUGCCCCGCUUACAAGAUCAAACCUAGCUUGGUUGCCAAUCUGUAUGGGAAAUGGAUUAUGCCUUUAACAAAAGAGGUUCAAGUUGAUUACUUAUUAAGAAGGUUGGAUUGAACUUAGCCUCAUUUUCCUAGAGUGCGAUGAGAUUAUACAAUCAAACUCAGCAUUUUUUUGAUUGUUUGUAUCAAUGUGAACUAUGGAUGAUUCGAUGGGCAUGAUAUUGUACGGGUUUAAUGUAUAGCUCACUAGCUUGUAUAGCCCUUGACCCCUGUGUAACUGUUUCCUUAAUGACUGGGGAAAAAAUGAUAAAUUGAUGAACUCGUGAUUUCAUGAACCAUUAGUGUAGCCCCAAGAGAAGGCAUUCUGUACUUUGUUAGUUGUCAGUCUUGGUAUGGUUAAGCUCUUUUCUGUUUGUUA